AUGGUGAAGCUUUUUUUCCGGGAGGAGGAGGAGCGGCGGCGGCCGCGGGAGGAGGAGGAGCGGCGGCGGCGGCGGGAGCAGCUGAAGAAGGAGCAGCGGCAGCGGCAGGAGCAGCUGCUGCAGCAGGAGCAGCGGCGGCGGCAGGAGGAGGAGCAGCGGCGGCGGCGGGAGGAGGAGCAGCGGCGGUGGCAGCGGCGGCGGGAGGAGCUCCGGGACCUACGGGCUGAGAUUGCCGCGCUGCGCAGGCGCCUCGAGCAGAGUCCUGCCGAAGCCGACCCGGACCCGGCCCCGGACCCGGCCCGAUGUUUCUGCCAGGAAAACGAGCCGCCUCCUGCUGGCCGAGGGGAGUCUGGCAGGGCCUUGGAAGCGCAGCUCGGGGGCCUGGAGUCCGGCCUUUCCUUCCUCUCCGAGGUCACCGGCAUCAGGAUAACCCAUUACUCCAUGACGAGAGCCGAGCUCCCUGGAGGCACGGAGGGGGCGCAGGAGAGCGGGCCCAGGAUCCUGAGAAAGGGCCGCCUGGCCGGAGACUGCCGAGAUGUGACCUUUCACCUGGAGUUCCAGCUCCUGGAGACGCAGGGUGAAGAGAACCCCUCGGCCGCCAUCACCGAGCUGAGUAUUAUCUUGGAGCCCUUGGAGUACAGCGAGCUGAGCCGCUUCGUGGCCCGGACAGAAGAGAAGCGGGACCUUUUCGGGUUUUUCAGAAGCCUUCACUUUUUCCUGGAGUGGUGUGAAUACCGUAAGCGGACAUUUCAGUACUUUAAGGAGAAGCACGGCGCCGUGGUCCAGCUCCCCGGAGGCCCCGCCGGUGACUCCAUGGGGCUCCAGAGCCUGCGUGUGCCCGGGUUCGAGCUGCUGGUGGUGUGGACGGUGCACAUCGACGAGGACGGCCAGGUGCUGCCCAGGCUGGACCUUCUGACCAAAGUCCCGGAGCCAGCUCUGGCCCUGGACAGCAGGAAGGUGGUGGCCGCCCCCCGCUUCGGACCUCCCAUUUGGGGCGGAGGCGGCCGCGCCGCCUCCGGGCGGCCCCGGGAAGACCACCCGGGCCCGCGCAAUUGGGCCUGCCACGAGCUCGCGGCCCUGGCCCUGAUCUCCGGGGUGGGCCCUGGGACGGCCGUGGGAUGGCCGGGCGGAAAUCUUGACACAUCCUCGGGCGUGGGGUCUGGGCGGAGGAGAGGGGCCGAGCGGACGGACCCGUCACCCUGA